AUGGGUGACUCUUUUAGUCAUAUUUACUCUUAUUUUAACUUGGGAGCUGCAGCAACAGCAUCAUCUUCAUCUUCUACUACAUCAACUACAACUAAUAUUGACAAGACAAAUACAGAUGAUACUACAACUACGCACCUAUCACCGUCGUCAUCAUCAUUAUCACAUUCUCUUCUAGAUAGAAUACCAAAGCCUAAUAGUAAUGGUAACUACAAUGACUAUAGUGUAGAUGUUGAUGAUAAAAAGGUUCAAGCAGAUACUACUAGUACUACAGAUACAACUUUAGCAAAUAGAGUAUUGAAUAAUAAUAACAACAAUAAUAAUAAUAAUAACAACAAUAACAGGCACAAAUCUUUUUUUGAUAGUAUCGAUGACGAUGAUGACGAUGAGUUAUUCAGGCUGACACCUACAAAACUGACAACAACAACAACGACAAUAUUAAAAUCAUCGCCAUCAUCGACGUCAUCAACGACAAAUACAUCACCAAAAAUAUAUACUACAAGUCAUACUCCUUCACCGUCUUCAUCAACAUAUUUAAAGAGAACUACACCCGAAAGAUCAACAUCAACAACAUCAACGACGACAAAUAUUGAUAGUAAUAACAAUAAUAAUAACAAUAAUAAUAAUAAUAAUAAUAAUCAAGAUACAUAUGGUCGUAGUGAUUCCUUUGAAUUUAAUGAUCAAAUUCCAAGUUCACCUGUUGUACAACAAAAGACAAAAAAGACAAAAGUUAAUUAUGAUUUAAUUACUGGAUCUGUUACCAAGGCAAAAAAGAAAGUAACAAAACCAGUAACACCUUUUAAACCUGCAACUAGGACUGCAUUACAAACUUCACCACCAUCUCCAUUAUCAAAAUCCGAUACUGUCAUUAUCAACAAUAACAAUAAUAAUGUAAAUAUUAAUUUAACAAUGAAAUUGACACAAUCUCUUUCAUCAAGUUCAUCAAAUUCAUCAAAUUUAUCAAAAAAUGAUGAAAGAGAUUAUUGUCCAAUUUGUCAGUGUCGUCCUAGUAAUCCAUAUGUAUCACAAUGUAAACAUAUGUGUUGCUAUGAAUGUUGGACAAAGUGGUUAUCAUUAAAGUUGGAAUGUCCAGUUUGUAGAGAAAGGACUCGUGUCAAACAUAUCAUACCUCUUGAAGAUCAUAAAAAAAGAUUGGAACAAAAAAGAGAAAAACAAGAAAGAGAAAAGACGGCAACUCAAAAUCUUCAAUCAACACUUGCUUCUCAAUCAACUAUACAAAUAUCAUCAUUACCAUCACAAGAUCAAGUUAAUAAUCAAGUUGAUAAUCAAGAUGAAGAAGAUCAAUCAACUCAACCUGAUCCAGUUCUUCAAGUUCAUGAUAAUGGAAACAUUGGAAAUGAUAAUAAAGAUGAUAAUAAUGAUACCAUUCCACCUUUAGUUGGUGUAGUAGGAUCUCCAUCUUUUGAAUUUAGUUUCGGAGAUGAUGAAAUAUAA